AUGAGAAGUUGCCCUUGCUUUACCAGGUAAAGUAACGCAUAGAAUAUGUGCAUGUUCGUCCUUCACAGUAGUAUCAGUGCGAAAUACCAGCGCGUGAACGACCAUCCACCGCACUGAAUCAUCGACAAAGCUCACACCUUUCGG